CAAAUGGACAUGUAAAGCCCCUGUCUCCGAUGAGCACCCAGUCCAGGCCUUCGUCGCGUGUGUCAGCACGUCCCCCACACCAUGAGAGUCCCACACCCAACGACUUGGCUAUCCAAAAACCUUCUGCUCCCCCGGAAAAUAAGAGGCUCUCUGAAGUCGUAGCUCAAGAUGAAGCCAAUGCGAAACGCGUAUCCUUGUUCUCCACCUCUUCAGCGAGCAACAGGAAGACCUAUGUCGGUCCAUGGCAACUGGGUAAAACCAUUGGCCGAGGCGGAUGUUCCAGCGUUCGAAUGGUUCGGAACAAGUACACGGCCAAGGUCUGUGCUGCCAAGAUCAUUUCCAAAGUUGCGGCCGAGCAAGCUCGAGCAAUGAGCCUUGCAAAUUUAGAAAAGACUGCCGGUGCGAAAGGCGCAAAAAUGAUUGCAAGUGGGAAGGUCAUGCCCUUUGGUCUGGAGAGGGAGAUUGUUAUCAUGAAGUUGCUGGAUCAUCCCAACAUCGUUCAUUUGUAUGACGUGUGGGAAAAUCGGAAUGAACUGUACCUUGUCAUGGAAUAUGUCGAGGGUGGCGAGCUAUUCGACUUCAUACAAGCCAAUCCCUGCAUUGAUGAGCAGUCGGUCGUGUAUAUCUACCGCCAACUCGUCGGAGCACUCCUGUAUUGCCACCGGAUGAGCAUCUUCCAUCGCGACUUGAAACCGGAGAAUAUUUUGUUGGACAGGAACACAUACCAGAUCAAGCUCGUUGACUUCGGAAUGGCCGCAUUGCAACCAGAAGGCCGGUUCCUCAAAACCCCUUGUGGAAGUCCGCACUACGCUGCGCCGGAAUUGUUGCAAUACAAACCUUAUGAAGGCACGAAGGUGGACACUUGGAGCAGCGGGGUCAUCCUGUUUGUCAUGCUGGCCGGCACGCCCCCAUUCAACUAUCCACCCAACGCUCGAGAGAUGACAGACAGUCAACGAAUGCACGCGCUCUAUGAUACGAUAAUUGCCGCUCGUUACAGAAUCCCUGUGGGAUUCAGCGCUGAAGCGGAGGACCUGAUCAAACGCAUCUUCGUGGCGGACCCGAAUAAACGUAUUUCCCUUGCAGAGGUGUGGGACCACCCCCUCAUGCACAAAUACGACGAAGCACUGGGCUACAAGCCUGAUGAUCUCGAGCGGUUAAUGGGCCCACCUCCAAGCCUUGAGGCUUGGGUUCCUCUCAAUCGUCACACAAUUGACCGCGACCUUUUCCGCAACUUGCGAACUUUGUGGCAUGAUGUAAAAGAGAGCGAGCUUGCUGCCAAACUUUUGAACCAAGAAGCAAACAUCGAAAAGUACUUUUACUUGAGGCUCAUGGAGAGUCGUGAGGAGCAGUUGGAGAACUAUGCCGGGUAUCCUGACGGCAUCUCCUAUUCUGCAUCAGAUUACCAUCAUCUGAAACCCUCCUAUCCCCGUAGCCCGUUCAUCCCGCCUAGUUCUCAAAGUUCUCAAAGUUCGGUAUCAAGGCCAGUGCGAUCAAAAUCUCAGUAUUCAAUCUUGAAUGAUGAGCACCUGAAGUCGCGCCUCAGCCUCCACAACAAUCCAUCAUCCGAGGCCAGCUACGACCCUUUCCGUGCUUCUAGGGAUCCAAUUGAGGCCCGCAAAGUCAGCACAGAGCUUGAAGCUGUCUGCGACCAAGCCUUCUUCAAGUCCUCCCUUAGUUCGAGCCAUGUAACCACUGCCACAUCAGGCAGCCCAUAUUCUGAUACUCCACCGUCAUCUGUCUCCAACCAUCCGGAACCUUUGACCACGGACGGGGAUAGGACGGGGAUCAACGGCGCAAUCUUCAACCGACCACUUCCACCUGUACCCAUGACUACACCUCGAACGUAUGCCAAGAACGAAGUCCGACAUACCCGUGACCGGUUGGCAGCGCGUGUUGGGGAAGAUGGUACCGAAAUGCCGUACUACAAUGAGGUGAUGGAUCACUUGAACUACUUGGUGGGCCGCUCAGGUUCUACGUCAGGUUACGGACCCCGUGCUACCUCUGCGCCAACUCAUUUCACGAAAUCAUCUGGAGAUGCCCAGAAAUUACCGGUCAUCAAUGAGGAAGACCGAUGUGAGAACCCUGAGGACGAAAAAUAUGCGCAACUGCGCAAACGAGGCCACCGUGGAAAGAGAGCCGCGACUGAGCCAUCGAACUUCGAGCGGAACGCGAAUACGAAAUCUAGCUAUCAACAGGAGACCAUCAGACUCGUCACUGAGACCUCGCCCACUCCCAUUGCUCCCCUCAACAUUCGCAAGAAGAGUAGUGCGAGCACAUCGUCGAGGCAUGAUCAAAAUGAUUCUACUACUGCCGGGGCUCAAGGUUCUUCUCGAGCGGCAUCAAACGUCCCUCAGCGCCCUGCCUCAAGGGUCAGCAAGAGCUUCGCUGGCCUGCGAGGGAAAACUUUCAAAGAACAGGAUGCCGAUGAUAUUACGAUGACCAAGGCACCAGGUGUUGCGGUGGAUCAGAAUGCUGCAGAUCUCCAAGUGAAGAAGAAGAAGAGUUUCUUCUGGCGAAAAUCAAGCAAAGAGCUGGUGAAUCCGACAACUGGCUCUCCUUCCGGAUCCCAGACGGAUGUCGACCGUCCGCAGAGCGCCGAAUGGGAAUCCUUGAGUUCAACUCCAGCUCGACAUGGAAGACAGGAGACUGGGUAUUACAAUACGGCAGAUCUGAGAGGCUUUGCUUCACAGACUACAUCCGAUAGCUCCGAGUUCGAGCUUCGUCAAGCGGAGGCGAAGAAUCCGAGGAAGGGAAAGUUUAUGGACUUCUUCAGGAAGAAGAGUGACAAGAGCUACAUCAAUACCAACCCGUCGGGUUUGGAACUUGGCUCCGACCCAUCCAGCUCUACUAUCUCACCCUCCUUCGAGAUCUCGUUUGACGAGGGAAAUGGGAGGGGUCUCACAAAGCGUCCAUCCGAAGUCAACUGGUUCGCUAAAUUCUUCCACAUCAAACCAGCCACCCGUGUCCUCUGCUUCCAGAUCGGCCGUGGCCGCACUCGGUCUGAGGUUGUGCGCAUUCUCCGAGGUGCGCAACGAAUCGGAGUCAAGGACCUGAGGUUCAGCCGGGAGGAUAACAUAGUGUCUGCUCGCAUUGGGAGACACAAUCAGCUCAAGAUCAAGCCCGUUACUGUCGUCUGCGAGAUCUUUGCCGUUCUGGAACGCGGUCACCGCGCUCAACUUUGCGUUGCCCGCUUCACCCAGACCAAGGGCGCAGCCAGCAGCUUCCGACAUGUCGUCGGCAUUAUGGAGACGAUUCUCAACACCAAGGGUCUUUUGGUCGAGGACGAAGAGCGUGCACGAGAGAUGUGUGAGAUCCUGGGUUGA